UUUCCUGUCAGAUCUUUGCAUUUUCCUCCUUCGCCCCUCCCAGCCUCUGACACACUUUUUCUUACUUUCUGUGUCGUCCUUUGUUCAUUCCGACACUGGUGCGUUUGCCUCCCGAGUCUCUCUGUUCCCCCUCUCCUCCCUCAACCCCUGGCUCUUCAAAGAGUCCUGGCCCUUUCCCUUGCACGGCUCACCUCACUGGAGCUCCUGGGGAGGGGAAAGGACAAGUGCAUGGAGGCGACCUAGCGACCUUCACCCUGCAGCAGCUGCAGCCCAGCCGCGAGCUCGGUCACUCAUGAGCACCCAAGGAGGAGAGCUAGAGAUGGACGACUGCCUGGAGACGCUGAAAGAUGAGGAGGAAGCCUUGUGGGAGAACGUUGAGUGCAAUCGGCACAUGCUAAGCCGGUACAUCAAUCCGGCCAAGCUGACCCCAUACCUACGUCAGUGCAAAGUGAUCGACGAACAAGAUGAAGACGAAGUGCUCAACUCGCACAUGCUGCUCUCUAAAAUUAGUCGAGCAGGCCGACUCUUGGACAUUCUGCACACAAAGGGCCAAAGGGGCUAUGUGGUUUUCUUAGAGAGCCUUGAAUUUUACUACCCUGAACUCUACAAACUGGUGACGGGGAAAGAGCCUACACGGAGAUUUUCCACUAUUGUUGUGGAGGAGGGACAUGAGGGCCUCACACAUUUCUUAAUGAAUGAGAUCAUUAAGCUGCAGCAACAAGUGAAGGCGAAGGAUGUGCAACGCUGUGAACUCUUGGCUAAAUCUCGCCAGUUGGAGGAUGAGAGAAAGCAGCUGAAAUUGAACAAGAUAGAGCUGCUGACGUUCCAGGAGAGGUACAACAAGAUGAAGGAGGAGAGGAACAACUACAACGAUGAGCUGAUUAAGGUGAAGGACGAGAACUACAACCUGGCCAUGAGAUAUGCCCAGCUGAGUGAAGAGAAGAACAUGGCAGUAAUGAGGAGCCGGGACCUCCAGUUAGAGAUUGACCAGCUAAAGCACCGAUUGAAUAAGGUAGAGGAGGAAUGCAAGCUGGAAAGGAACCAGUCCCUGAAGCUGAAGAAUGACAUUGAAAACCGACCGAAAAAGGAACAGGUUCUGGAACUGGAGCGGGAGAAUGAGAUGAUGAAGACUAAAAUCCAGGAGUUACAAUCUAUUAUUCAAGCUGACAAACGUAGCUUGCCAGAUUCAGACAAAGCCAUUCUGGAUAUACUGGAGCAUGACCGUAAGGAGGCUCUAGAAGACCGCCAUGAGCUAGUCAACAAGAUCUUUAAUCUCCAGGAGGAAAUCCGUCAGGUAGAGGAUCUGAGAGACAAGUACCUCGAGGAGAAAGAAGACCUGGAAUUAAAGUGCUCGACACUGGGGAAAGACUGUGAAAUGUAUAAGCACCGCAUGAACACUGUAAUGAUUCAGCUAGAAGAAGUGGAAAAGGAGCGUGACCAGGCCUUCCGAUCCCGUGAUGAGGCACAGACCCAGUACUCUCAGUGCCUGAUUGAAAAGGAUAAGUACAGGAAGCAGAUCCGGGAGCUGGAGGAGAGGAACGAUGAACUCCGAAUCGAGGUGGUCCGCAAAGAGGCUUGCAUCGUUAAUCUGGAAUGCAAACUCCGCCGACUCUCUAAAGACAACAACUGCCAUGAUCAGAGUUUACCGAGGAAUCUACCAAUUACCAUUAUUUCCCAAACCUUUGGAGCUCAUGCCCCCAAAACUAAUGGUCAGGAAGCAGAUGACUCCUCCACCUCUGAAGAGUCUCCAGAAGAUAACAAGUUCUUCCUCCCCGAUCAGUCUCGGUUGAAGCGAAGGAUGAACCUGAAGGGAAUCCAGCUACCGAGAGCUAAAUCCCCUGUCGGUAUGAACAAAGCAUCAGAUUUUCAAGCAAUCAGAGGACAGGAUGAAGAUGGGGCUGAUGCCAGCAACAGCCGCACCGACACCAGUUCCUCCAACCCUGUCUCCAUCAAUAACUCGGUCAGCAGCUGUGAAGUCGGCAAAAUUCAAACCCUAAGAAAUCGCAAUUACAGUAUCAUGUCCACCACUCCCGAACCACCCGGAAACGACUCAAUAGUCCGACGCUGCAAAGAAGAUGCUCCGCAUAGCAGCCUUGUUGAAGAGGACAAUGACAGCUUUAGCUGUGAUACUUUGGAGCUAGAUGAUGAUGGUCAUGACAGAUACUCACACGGAGCUCCCUCAGUGCACUCCUCCUCCUCUUCGCACCAGUCUGAGGGCAUGGAAGCCUAUGACCUUGAGCAUGUCAGCUCCAUAUUUAGGAAGUUCUCUCUGGAGAGACCUUUCCGUCCCUCUGUCACAUCUGUUGGUCGCAUUAGGAACUCUUGCCACACUGUCCAGCGAAUCACACUGAAUGGAGACAGCCUCAGCUCUGAAAUCACUUUGCUCGGGGGCAAUGACAAAGGAAGCUUUAUCAGCUUUGUCAAGAUGGGAUCCCUAGCAGAGAAAGCAGGCCUCCGGGAGGGGUACCAGCUGCUUCUGCUGGAGGGCUGCAUCAAAGGGGAAAAUCAGAGUGUUCCCUUGGACACCUGCACCAAGGAAGAAGUUCAUUGGACAAUUCAGAGGUGUAGUGGCCCAGUAACACUCCAAUAUAAACCAAAUCAUGAAGGGUACCGGAAACUGUUGUCAGAGCUGGAAGAAGGGCUGAUCACAUCAGGGGAUUCAUUUCACAUCCGCCUGAAUCUGAACAUCUCGAGCCAGCUGGACUGCUGCUCCUUGUCAGUGAAGUGUGAUGAAAUCGUGCAUAUUCUUGACACAAUGUACCAGGGGAAGUGUGAGUGGCUGUGUGCCAGAGUUGAUCCUUUCACUGACCGGGAUCUGGAAACAGGGACCAUUCCCAGCUACAGCAGAGCCCAGCAACUCCUUUUGGUGAAGCUGCAGCGGUUGAUGCACAGAGGCAGCAGGGACGAGACAGAAAGUUCAUACAAUACUUUACGAACGCUCCGGCACACGCUGCAGCCAGAGGAGCCUGUCCCACAGAAUGACCCCAAAACCAGCCCUCGCCUGUCCCGAGCAAGCUUUCUUUUGGGCCAAAUCUUACAGUUUGUCAGCAGGUCUGAAAACAAAUACAAGCGCAUGAACAGCAACGAGCGAGUCCGUAUUGUCACUGGCUACCCCUCUGGGCUGGCACGGACCUCUUCUGAAGCAAUGAAACUGUUGCCAGAUAAAUUGGAAGAUAUGGAUUCUGAAAGUGAAAUAAAUAAGAGCCUCAGCCUGAUCCCCUAUAGCUUGGUACGACCAAUUCAUUGUGAUCGCAGGCGUCCCGUCCUCUUUACUCCCACUAUGCUUGCCAAGCCCCUGGUGCAGAAGCUUUUGAACUCUGGAGGUGCCCUGGAAUUCAACAUGUGUAAGCCAGAUAUUGUAACAAAGGAAGAGUUCCUCAGGAAGCAAAGGACAGAAACUAUCAUAUUUUCCAGAGAAAAGAAUCCCCACACCUAUGAAUGUAUCGUACCUGCCAAUAUUGAGGCUGUCACUGCCAAGAAUAAGCAUUGUCUACUGGAAGCUGGAAUAAGUUGCACAAAGGAUUUAAUCAAAGCCAAGAUAUAUCCCAUUGUUCUCUUUAUCAGAGUCUCAGAGAAAAACAUCAAGAGGUUCAGGAAGCUACUGCCAAAACCAGAGACUGAGGAUGAGUUCCUACGUAUGUGCCGACAAAAGGAAAAAGAACUAGAGGCAUUGCCAUGUCUUUAUGCCUCUAUAGAGACAGAUACGUGGAGUAGCAUUGAGGAUCUCAUCCGAGUCAUCAAAGAGAAGAUUGCAGAAGAGCAGCGUAAAACCAUCUGGAUAGAUGAAGAUCAGCUAUAGAAAACAAUAAACAAAAUGAAGCUCUUUGGUAAUGAAAGGACACAUCAAAGUAGAACUGGGGCUUUCAGAGGUCUCUGAUACAGUGCCCUUGACUCCUGUUCCAUCCUUGCUGGCUGAGGACUCUUGCUGCUGGCAGAAUGUAUGUGCGGAUGGGAAUUCGAGCUGUGUGUUUAACAGUGAAUGUCACAGAUGCUAGGGAUCUAGGACACGGAUCAGAAUGCUGCCACCAGCAUAGCUUCUGACCCACCAGCCUCCAUUCAGAGACUGCAGCUGUUUAACACGCGAGAAGGACAGAGAUCUCAAGAGGGAGUUUGAGAGAAUUCAUUUUAUAUAAAUACAGACCUCAUUUGGCUCAUUUAACACUCCUGACGUGACCAGACAAGUGUAUCCUAUAGGGAGAGAAAGGAUGAGGGUCAGGCUAAAGGACAUGGAACCUGCGAUGUGCUCUACAGCCGAAGUGAAGUUGCUGAAUGUAUGCCAUUAAAGAAGCUGCAGGCUGCCCAGUAGCAACAGAAACACUGCCACUGAUAGCCUGAGCGGCUCUGCAGCCCUGUUUGUAUGUGCAUGUGCAGUCAGAAGGGAAGGACGGAAACCAGCCCUUAUUCCUGGCAUUAAUUAAAAUGACAGUCUACUCUUUAUUUUUAAA